AUGGGAUGUGGCAGCUCCUCGGACACCGCGGUCACACCGCUCACACGAAAGGAGCCGAAGAGAGACGAGGAUGAGACAGGAAGUAAACUCGGUAGCCGUGGAGACUCCGCCGUGUCGAAGGGCACCACAGACAGCGGGGUGGUGAUGGAGAACAAAGCAUUCCCUGACUUACCUGGAGCGAUGCCCAGAAAACUCCCUCCUCUGAUAUCUGAGCGUGUCGGAGAAAGUGUGGCAGACAGAAGGACACAAGAGGGUGGGUUGCAGGAGCGUCAAAAGUCCAGUGACAUCCUGGAGGAGCUGCUGAAUCAGGGCAUCAUCCCGGUGGGACAGAGCAGAGAGAGAGGCAGCGGGGCUGGAGAGGCCUACAGCAUCAUGCUGGAUGACAGAGAUGUGGUCAGGCAGAGGCCUGGGAGACUGGAGUCCCUGAAGACCAUAAAGGAGCAAAGUCCCCCCAGCAGAGAAGAGCUAGAGGAGAAGAUGAGACUUGUUGAAGAGAGACGCAAGUCAAAGGAAGACGAGCUCAAGAUGCGUUUAAGGACCAAGUCUGCGCGUAUCCGUGUCCUUUCCCCUGUCUCCAAUGCAGCAGAAUAUGAAGACAUGUCCCUCACACCUGUGACACCCCUGACCUUUGACCUUACACCGAAUCCACUGUUGCACAGCCAGAUCACGAGCAGGACGGCCGAGAGAGGAGAGUGUGUGUUCUACGGCCACAUGGGCAACAAGAGUUACUGA